AUGAAGUUGCAGCGUGCAGUUUGGCCGGCAGUGGCGUUGACCACGGCGCAGGCACUCCUCAUUUUGCCACAGGCGGAGGACGAGUUGGUGGUGGCGGAGGCGCACCGCGGGCAGUUGGUGCAGUGGAUGGCGCGGGAGAACCAGGAGCGCAAGGCGCAGGGCGCGGAGCAGCAGUCUCCGUUGUUCCGCGUGGACGACGUGACGCGCGCCAUCCCACACAAGUACAUUGUGGUGUUCCGCGAGGGCGUGAGCGACGAGGAGGCGGCGUUCCACAUGGAGCUCGUGGAGGCGGCGCACGCGGAGUCGGUGGCGCGCUUGGACGAGCAGCACGCGUUCUUCCGGUCGACGCGCGGCGAGAACAACGAGUUCGGGAUUGCGGCCACGCGGGCGGAGGGCGGCAUUGAGGGCGAGUUUGCGCUCGGCGAGCAGUUGCGCGGCUACGUGGGGUACUUCACGGAGGACAUGGUGGGGUUGUUGCGGUCGAACCCGCACGUGCACUUCGUCGAGGAGGACUCCAUGGUGUUUGCAUCCGACUUCACCACGCAGAACGGCGCGCCGUGGGGGUUGGCGCGUGUGUCGCACCGCGAGAAGUUGAACUCCGGCUCGUUCAACAAGUACCUCUACGACGACAACUCGGGCGAGGGCGUGACGUCCUACGUCAUCGACACCGGGAUCAACAUCGACCACGUGGACUUCGAGGACCGCGCCUUGUGGGGGAAGACGAUCCCCAACAACGACGCGGACUACGACGGCAACGGGCAUGGUACGCACUGUGCGGGCACGAUUGCGUCCAAGACCUACGGUGUGGCUAAGAAGGCCAACGUCGUUGCGGUCAAGGUGCUACGGUCGAACGGUACCGGCUCGAUGUCCGACGUGUUGCGCGGCGUUGAGUACGCGGUGAAGGCCCACCGUAAGGCGGCCGAAAAGGCCGACAAGGGGUUCAAGGGCUCCACGGCCAACAUGUCCCUAGGUGGCGGUCGCUCCCAGGCGUUGGACCUGGCUGUCGACGCCGCCGUCGACGCUGGUAUCCACUUUGCGGUGGCCGCCGGAAACGAAAACCAGGACGCCUGCAACACCUCGCCAGCUGCGUCGCAGAAGGCCAUUACUGUGGGUGCCUCCACAUUGGCCGACGACAGAGCAUACUUUUCUAACUGGGGCCGCUGCGUUGACCUAUUCGCUCCAGGCAUGAACAUCUUGUCCACCUACAUUGGCUCAGAUACCGCCGUCGCUACUCUUUCUGGUACAUCGAUGGCUUCUCCACAUGUUGCUGGUCUAUUGACCUACUUUUUGUCUUUGCAACCCGACGGAGACUCGGAGUUCCGCAACAAGCAGACGAUAUCCCCAGAGGUCUUGAAGAAGAAGGUCAUCGACUUCGGUACAAAGGACGCUUUGAGCAGCCUACCAGCAAGAACCGCCAACGUGUUGAUAUACAACGGUGGUGGCGCGGACUUGUCCGACUUCUGGGGCAACAAGCCCAAGAAAGUCAGCGGUCCUAAAUUCACCUACGCAGAUGACGAGGAAGCCAUGGGCUCCGACUUGGACCGUCUAAUCCACGAGCUUGAGUCUAGCACUGAUGCUAUGUUUUCCGGUUUCCGGACCAUCUUGGACCGGAUGAACAUCAUUUAA